UCGGGGCAUAUUUUGAAUCGAAUUGCUAGACAAUUCGGAUUAUAACCACAAAAGUAAACAAAACACAUAAGGAAGAAUAAAAACGUGGAUUAAUGCGGUAACAAAGACCGCAAACCUCACAAAACUGUUGUGUUCCGCCCACUUCAGAUUCCGUCUUCUCAUUAAUUUCUCUUCCACCGAUUCAGUUCCGUGAGCGGAAAGCAUGGCGUCGGGUCACAUCAGCAGGCUUGCUAGUCUGUUUUACACCAGCAGAAAUAUAAAACAAUUCAGAGCAGGAAUCUUUCUGUCAUCCCACAACAAAUCUACUCUUAGAGGUCCAUCCAUUAACGACAGCAGUAAUGUGGAAAUCGCAGUAACAUCUGAUGGAAACACAAUAGUGUGUUACCAUCCCUCAGAAGACGUACCCUAUGAGCUCACACAGCCGAUUGUCAGACCAGAUGCCGUCAGUGAUCAUGCAGAGACUCAUGAGCAGGUGCUGAAAGCCAGACUUGGUAAAGAGGUUUUAAAUAAUAAAAAGGCCCCGACCAUCGAGGAACUGAGCAAGAUGUUUUACACCACCAAACACCGCUGGUACCCCGUCGGACAGUAUCACACCAGACGCCGAAACCGAAAUCCACCCAAAGACCGAUAGUUCUGGAUGCUUUUCCUGUCUUCUCUGAUGUUUGUUUAGUAUAGGAUUGACUCUUUGUACAUGCUCUGCUACACAUUAAAUAAACCCUUGCUUCGGCUGUU